AUGGAGGAUAGUUUCGUCUUUUCGGACGAAAAAUACUCGAAAGAUGUCCUGAAGCGAUUGAGUGGAUUGCAAAAACAGGGGAUUAUGUGCGAUGUUAGAAUCACAAUGGAAGGUGAAGAAUUUCAAGCCCACAAAAAUAUUCUGUCGGCAAGCUCAGACUACUUCUUCGCUAUGUUCAAUGGAAAUAUGAAAGAGAGUAAGCAGAGGGAGGUUACCAUCACCGGGGUUGAUAAAGACAGCAUGAAAAUGAUACUGGGAUUUAUUUAUACUGGCGAGAUUGUGUUAGACUGGAGCAAUGUAGAACCGAUCCUACAGGGCGCCAAUCUGAUGCUAGUGCAGUCUGUAAAAGAUGCUUGUGGGCGUUUCCUUGAAAGUCGACUCAACGUGAAAAACUGCCUUGGUAUUCAAACUUUAGCAGAAACCUACGCGUGUCCAAAACUAUGGACAACUACGAACACUUUCAUCUAUCAGAAUUUCCUUCACGUGGCCGAGAGUGAAGAGUUUAUGAAUUUGGACGAGAAACAAAUCCAGACUUUAUUACAAAGUGACGAGAUCUCAGUGGAAAACGAGGAAAAAGUUUACGAAGCUCUUGUUGGUUGGAUAAACUACGAUUUGGAAAAUAGACGGCCGUUUUUUCCCUCAUUAAUGGAAGAUAUUCGCCUGCCUCUUGUUUCCCCGUACUAUUUAGUUGACGUGGUUGAGCACGAAGAACUCUUUAACACUUCUCCAAGAUGUAAGGAACUAUUGCUUGAAGCACAGCAUUAUCACUUGUUACCAGACCGUCGCCAGCAUCUCGACACCACUAGAACGAGACCGCGCAAUUACGAACGUUUUCACGAGAUUCUCAUUGCUAUGGGUGGCAAUGGAGACUAUCAUAAUCAAAGCACGGUUUUCGGCUUCAACAUUGUAACCCAGGUAUGGUCCGACCUGCCACGGUUCACAAAGGAUCGCGGGUAUCAUGGCAUUGCAAGUUUUGGAGGACAGCUCUACGUGACUGGAGGUUAUUGUAACGUCAACUCUGAGACACUCGACAUAGCCCAGAGAUAUGAUGUACGACAGAAGGAGUGGCAUAGCAUGCCCAACAUGUUGACAAGGAGAAGUAAACACGGCUCCGUGGAGGUAGAUGGUCAUGUAUACAUUGUUGGCGGCUAUGACGGUCAAAACACGCUCAACUCCAUAGAAUGUUUCAGUCUUCAAGCAGGAAGAUGGCGCACCAAGUCUCCCAUGCCGACAAGAAGAAGAUGUGUCGCCGCGGUAGCUCACGGGAAGUCUAUUUACGUCAUUGGCGGCCAUGAUGGUUCCAGUAUUUUAAACACAGUCGAGUGCUAUGACACUACAAGGGAUUCUUGGAACUCCACAGAAGUUCAACCGAUGCACGACAGACGUUCUUUUCCAAGCGCGCUUGUCGUGGACGACGAAAUGUACGUGUUAGGCGGUUACGAUGGUAACGACACUCUCAGAUCGGUGGAAUGCUACAGUUUUACGACGCAUGAGUGGACUCAAGUGACUCCCAUGUGCACACCCAGGUCCAACGCCGGAGCAUGCGUAUUUAACAACAAAAUUUAUCUCGUCGGGGGAUGGGACGGGAUUAGUUUGAACUCGGUAGAAUGCUUCGACAUAGCUACCCAGGUGUGGCAGCGCAUGCCCUCCCUCCCCCGACCAACAACUGGUGUGCGAUGCUGUUUUUUAUCCUUCCAGUCUACGAGCGAACAAAAGCAACCCAAGAACAGAGGCAGCCGCGGCCAUAUGUGUAUUAUAUGCUAGCGGGAUUUUUGCUACAUCUUGCCUUAAAAGUAAUCUUGUAUUGAAGUGUUUUUUUGCAGUGUGGCAUAAUUUUUUACGCGGGUUCGUUCGUAGACUGAAAGACUAUCUUACCCUUUUUGUAAACAAAAUGAAAUUAACAUUUCGUUCUCGAUAAGUUGACCAUGAACAAUUUGACUGUUUUUGCUGCGAAGACCGCAUGGCCUUGGUAACUUUGCAAUAAAAAAAAUCCGUGUUUGUUGUGAUAGUGACAAACAAAAUGGCGCACAGAAAUCUGGUUAUAACCAAUAAAUUUCCUGGCUUUUCUAUUUAAUUAUUAUAAAUUCUUUUAUGUUUUCACACUAGAUGGUUAUUUACCCAUCUUCCCCAUGCCAUGCCUGAAGGGUAUAAGAGGCGACUUUCGGUUAAUUUACAGCUUGCCUCAUUCACAGAGCUAGACUGGUGCCACCCCCUCCCUUCACCACCGCUGCAUCUAAGGCACAUCUGUUUCUGCUAAUGUUGCUUUUCCCUGCACGAUUUAGCUUCCUUUGAGGGAUGACACACUAGGAGACUGACCAAAAUUUACAAUUAAUUAAGUACAAACUUAGUCAAGUUCAAGCGAAUCAUUGACCUCAGCGUUCUCCACAGAGUCAUCAUCGAGUGACCGGGAAACAUUCUCGUCAGCUGUUUCAUUUAAGGGUAAUGAACCUUCCUCCCCUCUCGUUAGAGUCGACGACGUAUUAGACUGCUUCUGCUCCUCGGAGCUGAUUGACUGGACACCAUCUUUUAACUCCUCGAGUGAAAUAUCAUUUUUUUUUAUGUUGUCUGAGACUUCCUCCAUUUUUCUCGUUCUACCAACGUCAUCAUCUUUUGAAUGGACAUGUUCUCUCAGUCCCGGUUCAUUACUAGCUUCUGAUCCAUUUUUCAAGUCCUGUUUAAGAUUCUCUUGUGAACUUGUUCCUUUGACCUUAGACGGUUUAUUCGCCUUAAACGAAUUAGUAGUUGCCUUGACGUUUUCUGAAACUUGCUGACGACAAACGCGUGAAUUUGAGACCGACGGCCCCUUUUUAGCUUGUGCGCCACAACCCUGUACAGAAAAGAGCUUGUCUCUAACGAUUCGCUUUGACGAGGUAUUGUUAAUAUCUCGGUUGGUACCUUUUGGUACUGGCGGCCUGGAAACUAACGGGACCUUUCUUAUGGCGCCAGAUGAACUUGGAGCCGACGAGGGCCUCGCAUUAGAGCUACUUUGAGUCCAUAAAGACCUUGUGCCAUUACUAGAUGUUACAGUGUGUUGAUGAGAGCUUUGAGAAGAGGUUUUUGAUGUUUCCCUAUGCCCUGAUGCUGAGGAAUUUUGAUAAGAUCGCGAAUUAGGUAGAGAG